AAAUAUUCGAUUCGAUUUUUCUUAUAGGACACAAAAGAACAAAACUGAGCAGCGAGGGAGACGAGAGAAGCAGAGAGAGAGAAAGAGAGAGGGAGAGAUGGCGGAUACGCUGAGCGCUUUGAGACUUCUAAUGGCGUCCCAUAAUCCUCCGCUUGACGCCUUGGUUGUUCCUUCAGAGGACUAUCACCAGAGUGAAUACGUAUCUGCGAGAGAUAAGCGACGUGAAUUUGUUUCAGGUUUCACCGGAAGUGCUGGUCUGGCACUUAUAACCCAGAAACAAGCCUUACUGUGGACCGAUGGCCGGUAUUUUCUGCAGGCAAUUCAGCAGCUUAGUGAUCAGUGGAAACUUAUGCGAAUUGGAGAGGAUCCUUCUGAAGAUCUCUGGAUGGCAGAUAAUCUGCCAGCGGAUGCAGCCGUUGGAGUGGAUCCUUGGUGUGUGUCAGUGGACACUGCACAAAAGUGGAUCCACACAUUUUCCAAGAAGCAGCAGAAGCUGGUUCAAACUUCCACAAACUUAGUUGAUGAAGUUUGGAAGAAUCGACCACCACCAGAAAUAAAUCCUGUUAUCAUACACCCACUUGAAUAUGCUGGCCGCUCUGUUGAAGAUAAGUUGAAGACUUUGAGAGCAAAGCUCUCGCGAGAGAAAGCUCAUGGUUUAAUUGUGGUUGGACUUGAUGAAGUAGCUUGGUUGUACAACAUCCGUGGGAGUGAUGUGUCAUACUGUCCAGUUGUACAUGCAUUUGCAAUAGUGACACUCAAUUCAGCAUUCUUUUACGUGGAGAAGAGGAAGGUUUCUGAUGAGGUGCGCUUGUACAUGGAAAAAAAUGGAAUUGAAGUUCGGGACUAUAGUGCAGUAAUAACAGAUGUGUCCUCACUUGCAUCUAAUCAACUUAACAUGUCAUCUAGUUCAAUCGACAUUGCAGGAUCUAAUGGAACUAAAGUAGAAAGCCAGAGUUCUGGCCUCAUAUGGGCUGAUCCUGCACAAUGCUGCUAUGCUUUGUAUUCUAAACUGAACUCUGAUGAAGUUCUCCUGCAACAGUCGCCAUUGGCUCUUGCAAAAGCUCUCAAGAACUCUGUUGAGUUGGACGGACUAAAGAAUGCACACAUUCGGGAUGGUGCAGCUGUUGUACAAUAUCUUGUGUGGCUGGACAAGCAGCUGCAAGAGACUUAUGGGGCUUCUGGUUACUUUCUGGAAGGGGAUGGAGUGAGGAAGCCCAAACCUUCGGACUCGGAGAAACUGACAGAAGUUAGUGUAAGUGAUAAGCUUGAAGCUUUCCGAGCAUCAAAGAAGCAUUUUAGAGGCCUAAGUUUCCCUACUAUUUCCUCUGUUGGUCCAAAUGCUGCAAUUAUACAUUAUGGACCACAAGCAGAGACGUGUGCCGAGUUGGAUCCUGAAAGCAUGUAUCUUUUUGACUCAGGAGCUCAGUAUUUGGAUGGAACAACUGAUAUCACACGGACAGUCCAUUUUGGAUUACCUUCAGCUCAUGAAAAAGCUUGUUAUACUGCAGUUCUCAAAGGCCAUAUUACUUUGGGAAAUGCAAGAUUUCCAAAUGGCACAAAUGGCCAGCAAUUGGAUAUUCUUGCUCGAGUUCCUUUGUGGAAGGAUGGUCUGGAUUAUCUACAUGGCACUGGCCAUGGAAUUGGUUCUUUCCUUAAUGUUCAUGAAGGGCCUCAUUUAAUUAGUUUCAGACCUCGUGCUCGAAAUGUUCCACUUCAAGCUUCAAUGACUGUUACGGAUGAGCCUGGCUAUUACGAGGAUGGUGCCUUCGGUAUUAGAUUGGAGAAUGUACUUAUAGUAAAGAACGCUGACACAAAAUUUAAUUUUGGCGAUAAAGGCUACUUAUCAUUCGAGCACAUAACAUGGGCACCGUACCAGAGAAAGUUGAUCAACACAAGUCUUCUCACAUCUGAGGAAUUGGAUUGGUUGAACAGUUACCAUUCAAAGUGUAGGGAUAUUCUUGCUCCUUAUUUGGAUGAAUCCGAGAAGGCAUGGCUGAAUAAAGCCACUGAGCCAAUUCCUGCCUGAUGAUCUCUGGAAAUCAUUACUGAAUUAUUUUUUCAGUCCUCAUGCUCUGCUUGCCCAUAUCUCUUUUCAUUUAAUAAUGUCGUUUUUGCUCGUCUCGUUGCCUUUCGAGCAUUUUAAAAAGUCGAGGAUUGUUACUUUCCUUUCCUCACCUCGUCGAUAUUUGGUUCUAAUUUCCAUCCAUCACUGUAUCCAACCACAACUAAUUUAGUGAUAUAGUUAUGUUCUAUUCAAAUCUGGUUGAAGCUCCUAGGUCAUCCAACAUGCAUACAUUGGCGAGAAGUGAGGUUGGAAAUUUGUUUGAUCAUCAGGUGCACAAUCUUAGUCUUCAUCUUUCAUAUUGAAAUACACAUAUCCUUUUCAACGCUUACUUAAGGUAUUUGAAGUUGUAUGAAGUCCUGAUGUAUGUUAUACAUGCACAUGAACCUUACUAUCUUACAAAAGUGGUUGAUUUAGAGAA